UCUCCCCUCCACUCUCGCCACUAUUCCAACAAUUCCCACUUGCCUCCCAUUUUAUUCCCACUAUUCCAACCCUAUUCCUGCCAUUCCUACGAGCUUCCAAUGGCUGUCUCCGGCUUUGAGGGCUUUGAGAAGCGCCUGGAGCUCCACUUCUCCGGAGACGACCCCCUCGGCCUCCGCAGCCUAUCGAUCGGCGAUCUCCAGCAGGUGCUCGAUGCUGUCCAGUGCAGCAUCGUCUCUGCCGCCGGCAAUCGUUCCUUCGACGCCUACGUGCUCUCCGAGUCCAGCCUCUUCCUCUACCCGCACAAGAUCAUCCUCAAGACCUGCGGCACCACACAGCUCCUCCGCUCCAUCCCCUCCCUCCUCCGCCACGCCGCCGACCUCGGCCUCCGCCUCCGCUCCUGCCGCUACUCCCGCGGCAGCUUCAUCUUCCCCGCCGCCCAGCCCUUCCCCCACACCAGCUUCUCCGACGAAGUCCUCUUCCUCGACGCCCGCCUCCCCGCCACCCUUCGCUUCCGAAAAGCUUCGAUCAUGCCGUCCGACGCUUCCCCGCAUUCCUGGCACGUCUACUCCGCCGCCGACGACGUGUUCUCGGCGCUGCAGCCGAGCAGUUCCACGAUAGAAGUGUGCAUGACGGAAUUGGACUGCUCGCUGGCGCGACAGUUCUAUCGGCGGAAGGGCGACCAUCGCUCCGGCGAUGAUGCGGGGGCAGAGAUGACCGAGUUGACGGGGAUCGGCAGCAUCAAUCCGCGGGCGCUCGUCUGCGGCUUCGCGUUCGAGCCAUGCGGUUACUCGAUGAAUGGCCUCGACCGCGACCGCUACUCGACGAUUCAUGUCACCCCCGAGGAGGGCCACAGCUACGCCAGCUUCGAAUGCGUCGGCACACGGGAGGUGAUGGAUUAUCUACGGAAGGCGGUGCAUGUUUUCCGGCCAGGUGCGGUGUCCGUGUCUCUCUGCAUGGGUGCCGGCGACGACGAUGAGGAGCGAGUGUGGCCGGCGGUGGCGCGUGCGUUGGAACCGCUCGGGCUGAGCUGCAGGAGCCGGGCGGCGGAGGACUUUCCAGGGGCCGGGACCGUCACGUACCAGACGUUUACGGCUCCCCGGAAGUGAUUGGGGUGGUGGCUCCGGCCAGAAGGAAGUGGCCCAACGCAUGGAAGUGGUUGUUGAGAAAAUGUCGCAAUUUGCUAGGCUUAGAGGAAACAAAAGGGAGAGGGGAGUGAAUGGGGGGGAGUGUUUGCUCCGUAGGGAGUUGGAGGCUUUCUUUGGGGAUGAUGAUGGAAUGCAAUUAGGGAGAGUGCAGUUGACACUGGAAAGGAGAAAAAAAGGGGUUUUAAGAGCGGGGUGGGAGCACCAUAAUACAACACCCCACUUUAGUGUGUCACGCCUGAAUGGAUACCAAGGAUAUGUAGUGCGUGGACGAAGGGAGUUGAGUUGAGGCUCAGUGUUUUGGGGAGGGGAUUGCCCUCCACCUUUCUUAUCUCUUUUUGUUGUGUCUAAAAGGAAAAAGUACACCUUUCUGUUUA